AUGUCAUUUAAAAUUAAUGAUUAUAAUGCGUUUUUAACGUCAUUAUUCGAUAAGAACAACACCAAUCCAAACUCACAAACUCCUUCCAAUGCUAAUGGAAGUCAACAACAACAACUGCAACAACGUUUAUUACAACCAAAUUCAACUGCUGCCGCAGCCGCAUUCCAAGCUCAACAACAUCAAUUACAAGCCUUUGCUAGUGGAGGAAAUAUGGAUGAUGCUAAUGGUUCAUUUCCAGUUGAUUUUGAAUUUGGUUUAAUUCCUCCUCAACAACAAUCUCAACAACAAACCCAAAGUCAUCAAUCAUCAUUAUCAUCCGAUGGAUCAUCUCCAACAUAUAAUAAUCGUUCUAAAUCUAUCAAUUAUCCUAUAAUAUCUCAACAACAACCACAACAUCCCCAUCCUCAACAAUCUCAAUUACAAAAUGAAUAUAUUCCAGACAUGUCAAAUGGUAUGAGUCCACCUAUGAAUAAUAAACAAUUCAGUCCAAAUCAACAACAACAGCAACAACAGCAACAAUCACAAAUACUAUCACAAUCAGAUAAUUUAUUCCCGUUAAGCUAUAUGGCUACUUACGAUACUCACUCCGACUUAGUAUCACCAUUAAAUAAUCCAGGCCAAAAUGGAGGACAAAAUGAUUUAUUAAUUAAACAAGAACCUUUAUAUAGCCAACAACAACAACAAAUAUUACUUCAACAACAACAACAGCAACAACAAAGUAAUCAACAACAAAAUUCACAAGUGUUUGUCAAACAAGAAGAUGAAUCUAAUAGUUUAUCCCCAUUAUCAAGUAAUCAAUCCCCCUGGAAUAACAAUAUCAAUCAACAUUCCCAAUUCCAACCUAUUCCACCACCAGUUCAACCUAUCAUAACUAAAGUAAGAAGCAAUAAUAGUGUAUCAGGUACUAGUAAUGGUAGACAAAAAUCAACUUAUUCAUUUGAUGGAUCAUCACCAGUAUCAUCUACUACCACAUUACAUAAUGGACCUGGUAGACCUCGAGUUAAAUCUGCCCAUAAUGUGAUUGAACAAAGAUAUAGAAAUAAAAUCAAUGAUAAAUUCACUGCAUUACAAGAACUGGUACCUACAUUAAAGAUUUUAGCUCGAAGAAAACAACGUCAAUUAUUAAGACAACAAGAGAAUGGAGGGAAUGGAGAUGAAGAUUUAGAUUCUAGUGAAGAAGAUAAUGAUUUUGAUGGUCAUGGAUAUGGCGAUGAUCCUAAUGAAGAAAUCAUUGAUUUAGAAGGGUUGGAACCUGCUAGAAAAUUAAAUAAGGGGACUAUCUUAGCCAAAUCGAUUGAAUAUAUUAAAUUCUUGGAAUUAAAGAAUGAUAGAAUUAGACAAGAGAAUAAUGAAUUGGUGUUAAAGGCAAGAAUGUUAGGUAUUCAAUUCGAUGCUGGAUUAAUCAAUGAUGAUUCCAGAAGAUAA